AUGCACUUCACCAAGUUUGUUCUGGCAGUUGUCCUGCCCUACAUGGCCGCCGCCAACACCCACGUCGGCUGCAAGUGCAACACGGGCGACGACACCUGCCUCCAGGCCGCCUGCAACGGAUACUCCGGCGCCGGCGUCUUCUUCAACAAGCCCAAGGGCCACGAGGAUACCGUCUUUUCGCAAGUCAAGGACGGCAAAUGCUACGCCGUGUACAACAACGGCAACGAGUUCCUGACGUUUGAGGGACUCGGCGGCAAGGAGUGGAGGGCCAAGUGCGAGGAGCACUGCAAGGGUGGCUCUACCUGCUGA